AUGUCAGAAUAGAUUACAUCCUCUCAAGUUAUAGAGUUUUUCUGGUUUUUCUUUCCCUUUUUAUUAUUCGUAAGUGCUGUUCUACUGAAAUUUUACAUUAAGACUAGCAUUCAUUUGGAUUAAUCAGAAAAUAGAGCAAAGUCAUAUAGUUAAUAAAGUCUUCAGGAUCGUAAAAGCAAUGAGCCUAAAAGACUGGAUCAUGAUGGGAUUUAAGGGCCAGAGGUACAAAUUGUUGGGAAUGAUAUGCAUCAUCAACAGAUGAAUAUGGUGGAUGAAGGAGAGAAAAAGCAGAUACAAUAGUCAUAAUAAUAAUUCUAGUAAAUUCCUCAAUUAUCAACAAUCUCACCAAAUCUUACAUAAAAUACUAGGACUGCCAAAGUGUUUGAUGGAUUGAAUGAAUUGGUUUCGACAUACUUUCCACUAUUAUCAGUCUCUAUUAUUUGUAUAAAUAAUUUUGCCGCAUGGAGUUGGGCAUUAGCUUGUGUAAUUUUAUUUCUAAUUUUUGUAAUUGCAUUCAACAUCCUUUAAGUGCAGCGUAAUUUUUCAGAUACAAUCAAAAAAUUUUUGUUUGUUAGUCAUCAUGUGUGGUUGAGUGGUCUAUUUAUUAGUUAUUUAGCCUGUAAAUUGAAAUUGUCAGAUUGA